AGCUGCAACAGGUGAUGAACACAUUAAAACGUGAGUGAGAGUUGCCAUCGGCUAUUGCUCCGGAGUCGCUCGACGUCUCUCUCGCGUAAGAGGAUAGCUAGCUCUCUCGGCUUUCAGCUGUAUCUCUUGGCACAAAAUGGACGCGCCACCGGCAUUCGCCUCCUCGUCGCCGUCGCCGUCGUCGUCGAACGCGAGCGUCCCGAUGGUUGUCAUCACCGUCGUCGGCAUCCUCGCGGCGUUCGCGCUGCUCGCGAGCUACUACGCGUUCGUGACGAAGUGCCAGGCGUGCCGGGGCCUGUGGUCCAGCGGCACGCCGUGGCGUGGGCACGGCGGCGCGCGGCGGCGUUCGGCCGCGCGGGAGGCGGCGUCGGUGAUCCGCACCGUGGCGACCGAGGAGCGGGGCCUCGGGAUGCCGUUCAUACGCAUGCUCCCGGUGGUGAAGUUCACGGCGGCGGCCUGCGGCGGCGGCGCGAGGAUAUCGGUGUCGGAGUGCGCCGUCUGCCUCAGCGAGUUCGUGGAGCGGGAGCGCGUCCGGCUGCUGCCCAACUGCUCCCACGCCUUCCACAUCGACUGCAUCGACACGUGGCUGCAGGGCAACGCCCGGUGCCCCUUCUGCCGGAGCGACGUCACGCUGCCGUUCCCGCCGCCGGUGUCCACCUCGGCCCGGACCGCGCCAUGCACCCACCCCGUCUCGUGCAGCGACGGCGACGCCGCCGCCGACAGCGCUCGUCACCGCCGCCGUUCGGACGAGCUCAUCAACAGCAUCGUGAUCGAGGUGAGAGGGGAGCACGAGAGCUGGGCCGUCAGCCACGGCGGCGCGCCGGCGACCCGCACCAACAAGCAGGAGAGCGUGGGCGACGAGGCCAUCGACACGAGGAAGAAGUGCGAGGAGUUCGCGGUGCAGCCGAUGAGGCGGUCGCUGUCCAUGGACUCCUCCUGCCACAAGCAGCUCUACGUGUCCGUGCAGGAGUUCCUAACCCAGAGGCAAGUGUAGCAAGUAGUAACAGCAUGUACAUUUCUUCCUCUUCUUUGAUCCACACCGAUUAAUUCGUCAACCAUCCUACGUAGUGCAACAGUCAGUCGUACGUGCGUAUGCACGUACCUGCCUGUACAUCUGCUCGCUAGAUGGUGGCGAAAUCAAUUCUUUUGUAGGCGGCUCUCGAUCGUAGCCAUGAGUCCAUGACAUGAAGAGAAAAAAAACAACAAUAUCAAUUCUGUGCAUAACUUUUAGUGCC